UUUCUUCUUUUAUUUAUUUAUUUCUUCUUCCUUUCCCACCCCCUCUCUCUCUCUCUCAGCUUUCAAGUGUGAUGUUGGUUUCUGUGCUUUUCUUGGACCAAAUUUCCUCUACUCAGAGGGAUCGCAGGAAUCAGCCGUUUGUUCAAAUUCCGCUAUCAUAUGGUACUGUCAUAGGCUUUUUAAGUUUUGGAGACCCUAUUUAUCUACGGUUUAAGUGUGACAAAUUUUAAGCAUAUGCGCUAUCCCGUGUUGAACGCCCUCAAAGACGGCCCUGAGUGAAGGAAAUGAUUCUCACGAAGCAGUACCGAUGCGUACACUCGUCUUCUUGCCAAUGUACAAAAGGUCAUUUAAGCGAAGAUGUGAUAUUCUUGGUGUUUAACAAUUUGAAUUGGAACCCGAAGCUAAUAGCUACUCUCUCAUGUGUAUGCAAAUGGUUCGAUGAUCUUGCCAAGCGAGUUUUAUGGAAAGAGUUUUGUCGAACGAGAGCUCCGAAGAUGAUGAUUGAUCUCCAAUCUAGCGGAACUCACAGUAUUGAUGGAAACUGGAGUGCCUUAGGGAAGCUGCUUAUAUACUGUUCGGGAUGCAAAAAAGGCGGUUUGUUCAAGAACGUGCAUAUCCCCGGUCAUUUCGUUUACAGGACACGAUUCUCUAAAACAUCGGGAAAGAGCUUUCUUUUGCCGCAAUGUAUAAAUGAUGUUUUGUAUGUGUCUGAUCCUUGCGAGCAUCUUGACCAAGGCGAAGAAGGAGAUAUAGGAUUCUUCCGCGGAGUUUUCAAGUCGUUUGCGACUACAAACAUCAGGAGGAUGCUUAUUAACAAAGGAGCUCAGCUCCAUUCGACGGAAGUUUGUCCGUAUUGCAAGGCGAGGCUGUGGAGCAUGCUGCAGGCUAACAUGAUACCGCAGACGGCUAGUUGCAGAUUGGGUUCGUAUGAAGAAUGCGUCGAUUAUCAUGUGUGUCUAAACGGACACAUGGUUGGGAUUUGCACCUUGUUACCGUUGUCUGAUUCAGAAGAAGUGUCUGAGAAGGAGUAAGAUAUUGAUAAUUGUCAGGUAUUUUACAAAACAUUUUUGUUGAUGAAUGAGAUAGAAGGAUGUUACUGUGAUCAAUGUGGUAUAUCAUGUAUAUUUAUUGAUGUGUUGAUUUCUGAACCUGAAUGGCCAAUUUGGUAGUGCAAUAAUUCAUAUGGAUCAAGAUUUGCUGCAAGAA